CCCGCGGAGCGAGCGAGUGCGCGCCAUGGCCGCCGAGGCGCCCCCCCGCCUGGCCCGGCAGCUCUUCCUGCGCGGCCUGGCCGCCGCCUUCCUGGCCGCCUUCGCCUCCCUCUACGUCCAGGUGCCCGGCCUCUAUGGGAAAGACGGCAUCCUGCCGGCACGGAAGAUGCUUCGCUUCACGGGCAAGGGCUUCUGGGAGCAGCUGCGGGACUCCCCAACUCUGUUGUGGCUGGGCCCCCGCCUGGGGCUGGAGACGGAGCAGGGCUUGGAGCUGCUCUGCCUGCUGGGGACGCUGCUCUCCUUCGGGGCCCUGGUGCUGGAGCCCCUGCGGGACAGCCUGGUCUUCCUGGCCCUCUGGGCCUUCUAUCUCUCGCUGUACCAGGUGGGACAGGUGUUCCUGUACUUCCAGUGGGACAGCCUUUUGCUGGAGACGGGCUUCUUGGCUGUGUUGGUGGCCCCUCUGCACCUGCUGAAGUGGCGCUCAACAGCCUGGAAAGCGCAUGACGGGGUGACCUUCUGGCUUGUGCGCUGGCUGCUUUUCCGGUUGAUGUUUGCCUCGGGGGUGGUGAAGCUGACCAGCCGCUGCCCCACCUGGUGGGGGCUCACAGCUUUGACGUACCACUACGAAACCCAGUGCAUUCCCACCCCAGCCGCGUGGUUUGCCCACCAGUUGCCGUUCUGGUUCCAGAAAUUCAGUGUGGUGGCCACCUACGUGAUCGAGAUAGCCGUCCCACCCCUCUUCUUCGUGCCGCUGCGCCACCUCCGCCUGUUCGCCUUCUACAGCCAGGUCUUUCUGCAAGCCCUGAUCAUCGUCACCGGUAACUACAAUUUUUUCAACAUGCUGACGGUGGUGCUGAGCUUCUCGCUGCUUGACGACGAGCAUGUGGGGCUGUGGCUGGGCCAUGGCAGGAAGAAAGCAAGUGGUGCCUGGCCCUCACGGUUGGCCGCCCUGCUGAUGGAGCUGGGUGUCUACGGCUUCCUGGUCUACUGGACCACCCGUUCCUUUGGGCUGACGGUCAACUGGGAGAAGAGGCUCCUCGAAUCCAAGACAGCGUUCACCUAUCACGAGUUCACGCAGUGGCUGAAGAUGGUGACUCUCCCUCUGGUGGCCCUGGGCCUGCUCUCCUUGCUCUGGGAGAUCCUUCAGGCUGGAUACAGGAGCGCCUGUGUCCGCGGCUUUUUCUGGAAACUCUGGGCUGCCCUGCAGUGGGCUGUUUUCUCCACUGCCGCCUUAGGGAUGUUCACUGUCAGCCUGGUCCCCUUCACGUACAUAGAGUACGAGUCCAACGGAAAGCUCUGGCCAGGCAUCCAUCACCUCUUUGGGGCUGUUGACCGCUACCAGCUGGCCAAUUCCUACGGGCUCUUUCGGCGGAUGACGGGAGUCGGUGGGCGGCCAGAGGUGGUGGUGGAAGGCAGCUAUGACAAGGAAACGUGGACCGAGAUCGAGUUCAUGUACAAACCGGGCAAUGUCAGCGCUCCGCCCCCCAUCGUGGCCCCGCACCAGCCCCGCCUGGACUGGCAGAUGUGGUUCGCCGCGCUGGGCCACCACACGCACAGCCCCUGGUUCACCAGCUUCGUCUACCGCCUCCUGCAGGGCAAGAAGGAAGUGAUCCACCUUGUGCAGGUGGAUGACUCCAAGUACCCCUUCCGGUCCCAGCCCCCAGCCUACAUCCGGGCCCGGCUGUACAAGUACUGGUUCACCGAGGCCGGGAAGGAUGGGACCCUUCCUCAGAAAUGGUGGAGGCGCCAGAGGAUCGAGGAAUUCUACCCUGUGGUCUUCCUGGGUGACCCCAACCUGGAAGCUCAGUUGGCCAAGCACGGGCUGAAGGACGUGCCCCCCCUGAAGCACCCUCCGGAUGCCCUCCUGCCAGGCAUGCUGCAGCGAGUGCGAGAGAACCUCCAUCCCUACACUGGCCCGGCCAUCAUCUGGUCUCUAUACCUCACCGGAGUGGCUGUUGGCUUCCUGUGGGGACUGGGCAGCCGCCUGCCAGUGGGAGGGGCUCCUGGUGGCGGGAAGCACAAGCAGGCCCGGCCGGCCGACGCGGUGGUGGAUGCCGGCGGUGGUGGGGACCAGGCUGCCGAUGAGAAGAACGGGCAGCUGAGGAGGAAGGAGGAGAAGGCCAGGGCUGCCGGCGACCCCCCCACCAACGGGCUCCGGCACGCCAAGAAGAAGAAAUAAGCCAGGGCCGCAGCCCCGGGCCCCACCCAGCCUGCCCCCAGACCUCUGCCAGACAUGGCUGCGGCUCACGCGGGCAGCGGGCCAAGCGGAAAGUGAGCAGGCAGGAAGAGCCUUUGCCGCCCCGUCGGAGCUGGUUGUCCUCUCCAGCUGCACUGACGAGCUGCGGGGUUCAAGUUUGAACACCUCCCCCAGUCAAAGGUCUUCCCUGCUGCACCGAGGGAGGGGCAAGGCCCGCUUUCUUCCUCCUCGGAUCGAGUGAGGCUGUUUCGGCUGAGCCCGCGGCCCCUUGCUCCGCUCCGAUUCCUGCCCCCUGCUCCCUGCCCCCUCUCGGCACUGCGGCUGCUCGCGGUGUUGGUGGCAGCCUCCGCUCCUGGGUGUCUCGGGUCGGCCGUUUCAGCUUCCGAGGAUCUCCCAUGUUUGGGGCCGGGGACUGGGGAGUGCCUCCUGAUGGUCGGGGAGCCCCCUUUGGUCCUUUGGAGAUCCCCAGGUAGCAACCUGUUCUUCCUGGCACGGUUGGAUCAUCAGCAGGCUGCGUGGGAUGCUGGGGUUGAAGUGAGUCUCGGGGACCCCUGCCCUUCCAGCUCUCCAGACCCCAUCUGGACGCAGAAUCAAACGCGGGCAGACGUGGCUGAGACCGGGUUUCAGCUCCUGCCAGUUUCGAAGCAGCGGCAGCUCCGCCUUAUGCGCACCUGGAAUGGUUUGCCAGCCCAAGCCGCCUUGUUCCUCCGCUCCCGGCCAUCCCCUUGACCCGCUGAGCCUUGUAGUGGGGGCCAGGGAAGUUCACUGCUCUCUGCGCUGCAUCAUUGGGGCUGUGGGGCGGCAGGUGCCCUUGUUGGACCCAUCAGUUACGCCCUUGAGGGAGCAGAGUUGGUGCUGCUCACACACGGGGCCCAAGGGAGACAGCUCUGAUUUUCUAAAUAAACCCUGUACAUUCCA